AUGGAAUGGCAAACUAUUGAUAGAGGUAUAACGGACUCAUUGUUGGCAAAAAUAGCAGAAUCAGUGGAAUGUUCUGUGUGUUCAGAUAUAAUGAUAGUACCUGUGAUCUCAUCUUGUGGGCAUUCGUUUUGUUAUGAAUGUUGCACGUCAUGGUUUGAAAACAAAGCUACUUGUCCAACUUGUAGGCACGAGUUGGAAGCACCACCUACUCUUAAUGUUCAGUUGAAGGAAAUAAGUUCACAUUUGGUGGAUACUUUGAUAGAUCACGGAGAUGAUAGUGAGAAACAAGAAUUGAUUAAUCGAAGAGAUACCAAUAAUCAACAGUAUCAAGAUGAUGCAAAGAAUGGGAUUUUGUAUGGUGAAACUUUCAAGAAUGUGUUGACAAUUGUAGAUAAAUCCGAUGGAGUACCCAGAUGUGGGAAUUGUCAUUGGGAAGCCCAUGGAUCAGAAUGUUUACACUGUGGAGCAGUAUUUAGAAUACCCAGAGAUGAUGAUGAAUAUGAUUCUGCAGAAGCCUAUGAUGAAGAUCAUUUGGAAGAACAAUACUAUGGUGCUGAAGACAAUGCUUAUGAUAGUAAUGAUAGUUUUAUUGAUGGAAGAGAACUCAAUGACAUAAAUGGUGAUAUAGACGAUGAAAAUGACAUUUUAUCGGACAUGGAUACCAACUCCAACCGAGAUUCCUGGAGAGGGUUUGAUCAGGGAAAUGAUGGCAAUUUAAGUGAUGGCGAGAUUCAUGAAUUAUCAAGCGAAGGUCAUUUCAGUGAUGAUGGGUACCACCAUUAUCAUAGUAUGUCUGAUGCAGGAGAUUAUGAAGACGAUGGGUUAGAAACAGCAUUGGAAUCAUUCCACGCACCAGUUUCUCUCGACCUGGAUGAUGAAGAUGUUCAACCCAGUCGAAGAAGAGUAGUUAUUGAUAUUAGUGAUGAUGAAUAA